UCUGGCUCGACUGAAUGAAUACUGGACUCGGUUCACUCGGUCAACAAUGCAAAUAUUCAACCUUAGCUUAGCCGGUUGUGUAUGACGUCACCGAGCGCUGCUGGCGGCGAAUGGAGCUAGAGUGAUACGACAGUUGAAAACACACAACUGUGCAGAACUGACGCUUGAUUCUGUUUUGUUUUUAUGUGUAUGCCUCUCUUUCUUUUGGUUUAUGCUAAUUAUACCUGCAUAUAGUUUGUGGCAAUUUAAACAAAAGUAAACAAACGACUUGACUUUUUUAUAAAAUUGCAAUGCACCGGCAACUGGAGCCGGCAAAUGUGUGAACUCAUUCGCUUUCUUUUCUACUAAUAAGGAGUAACUAUGAAUACUAAUGAGGACUUGCCCCAAGUCCACGCUCCGGCUCACUUACCUUCAAGAAAUUCACAACCUGCUACGAAUGAAACCAUAGAAGAAACAAAUCCAAGCAAUGAACCUGAAAAUAGAGAAGCUCAGUGUGAUUCUGAAGAGGAACCAGUAGCAACAUUUAAAUCUGGAAAUGCCACAGCACCGAACAAUGUACCUGAAGAUGCAACUGAUGCUAUUUUUGACUCUGAUGAUGAAACACUUCCCAAUUUUGACUCUGAGGAUGAAUCAGAAGACUGGUUUGAAGACAAAAAUACUCGCAUUGCGUUUAUCCAGAAGGUGUUGGCUGUCAAAUUGUUGCAGCUAUUGGGGAUCACUGGAGUGAUAGUUGUCGUGUUUUUAAAUUGUUGGCGAUGGAGAAUUGACAACAUCCUGAAUAAUAGCACUGUCAUUCAUCUAAUUGUUUUAUGCAUUUUUGGAUUCAUCGUGACCAACAUCGUAACCUUUGGCUUCCUAUUUGGCCGGAAUGUGGAGGAGGCUCGUCGUAAAAAUCCGUUCCGAUAUAUGUUCCUUGUGGUAUACCCACUCAGAAUAUCCGCUCUCAUCCUUAUCUGUACAUUAAACUGGAACUUAACUUUUCCGGCUAUCUUAAUCAUGACCUACUACUGCGUUGUAGUGUUUGUCCUGUUGGUAUACAGUACCUUCGCAUAUCAAACUAAUCUGGAUUUCACACUGAAAUACAGCAUCGCAGUGGCUAUGGGCACGCAGAUUAUUAUGAGCGCUACCACCGCUACCUUCGCAUUAACUAUCUACUCUUUCUGGUAUUUCCAUAUGGAAACUUACAUACAUUUCUUGUGUGCUUCUAUGAUUUUGAUUUUGGAAUACAUAUACAUCGCGUACGCCAUAGCUGCGAUGACCUCGAAAAACUAUUGGAGAACAACGCCUGCCGAUUUCUUGGAUGGCGCCAUAAACCUGCAAAUUGACUACUAUCAUAUCAUCCGUAAUUUCGUUGUUUGCGUCAGCAGUAGUUGUGGUAUUUCGAAAAUAUGCGAUAGUUGUGUUCCAGUAAUACGCGACAAGUCGAAAAAAAUUAUGAAGAGAGUUGAUGAAGCUUUUGAAGUGUAGAAUUUUGUUGCAAGUGUUAAAAGAGAUACUCCUACAGUCGAAAUCCAGACGUAUGGGAAAAAAGAUAACGCCAAGACACCGGAUAUCCGACAAAAUGAGCUUUUUUGUAUGCUUUUCAAAUUUCGGAUCGUGGAGAUGUGAAGAUAUUUUAGAGGAUGGGUGGAUAAAUAAGAUAACGAAAUGAUAUAGAACCAUAAGUCUUAGAAUCUGGAUAGCCGUAAGUGUGACCAGAAUAACAGUAACCAAAAUUCAGAUAAGUAGUAGUAUUAAAACUAUAGCAGUACACCAAUGCUGCACGAAAUUUACUUACUGGAAGGGUUAUCGGACCAAAAAUGUAUAGGAUAAGAUAAGAUGCGAUUAAAUUAGAUCUGCCUAGACUUUGAAAAAUAAGACAUUCGUAGAAUUAUUGUAGAGUUCAGGGGCCCACUGAUUACCAGUUUGCCGGACGAUAUCGGCCUGUCAGUUUUUCGCGAUUGUCUUUUGCGAAUAACUGACAGGCCUAUAAUGUCCGACGAACUGGUAAUCAGUGGGCCUUUUUAGACCAAGCUAAGUUGGUAGCGACUUUGAUAGCCCAGACCGUGGUGUUGUUGUCAAACUUCUAUGAAAUUAUGAAGUUUAAAUAACUUGCGCAGCUGCCAACUAAGGUCUGGGCCAAGGCAAGGGCUAGCCUAGCCUUGGCGCAGAACCGUUCUGUGGAAUCAUAAAACGGGAUGCAUAUUCUCUGCUCAGUUAGACUUAGAAAAAACAAGAGCAAUCGAUUGGUGGAAGUUCGUCAAAGGACAAGAACACUCGAAAGCUCAAGGGAUUCAACAGCAAAACUGCUGAGUAGUUUCUGGGGCUCAAAAUACACAAAACCUGCGCCACCGCCACCACCACCAGAAUAUUGACUGGACACUGUCAAUUGAACCAACACAUGUUUCAAAUUGGAAUGAAACAAGAUGCGACAUGCAGGUUCAAUAUUGCAACCCUAUGAGGUACAGAACAUUACGGCCCAAAGAAUCUGGAAUUUCUCGGGUUCAACGGGCAUUAGUAAUUAACUUUAAGCAGUCCCGUCAGAACUCAGAGUAAGUUUGAUCCUGAUUGAUUUGAUGAUGAUUAUAUAUUAAAUAUGUAAUUUUUUAUGAAAUAAAAAUAAGGAAUUUGGAAUAUUUAAUAUGAGUAGCACCAAGAGUGGCAAAGCAGACUGAUAACUUGCACUGCAUUAUUUAUAUUAUAUAGCAAAAUAAAGACUGAGUAAUCUUU